AUGAAAGUCCCUUACUUGGUUAAUAUGAAUAUCUACGAGGCUUAUGCCCCACUGCCUACAAUGACGAUGUCACCUGGAGAGGCUCCUCGGAAGAUCAGAGCUGAGGACUUUGAGUGGGAUACCGACACGACACCUGCUCCACUUACAUUUUACGCUGCUCUCCAACUAUCAAGAAUGUUCGACACCCUCAAUCCAUUGAAGAAAAUCCUUCAGAAAGACAUCGACAUGCUGAUGGACUUAUAUCCUGCUAGCAUUAAAUUGAAAUACAGCGUCCCUAACAUUAAGGAUGAACAAUAUUGGAAACGAUCAUUUGAGACUAAAUUCCCUUCCAAGAAGGAGUUGGGAAAUAUUUUCUGGAAAGGCACUUACUUAUCCGCAUGUCUUCAAGACUAUUUGGAGUCUGUUAACCCUGACGUUUUUAGAGAAGAUGAAGCUGUAGAACUUGCUACACUGGUCAGUCCAUAUAUUUACUUCUUUGGAAUCAACCAGCUGCAAAUGGUGCGUCAACCGACACCUCCCCUACCUUCCGAUAUAGUUGAAGACACGUGCGAAUUUAGUAUUCCAAAAGUCUACGACCAUAUCCCCAUGGAGCCAGUUUUAGCCAAACUAUAUAACCUCCAAGAAAUAUCAUUAGUGUUUGGUAUUAAUAAUCUAGAUGAUAGAUAUUUGACGAGAUAUUUCGAAUUUUCAUUGGCUGAUUGCGAUUCUAUUUGCCGUGGACUAGAAGACUUGAGACAUUUGAGAGUAUUUCGCAUCAAUAGAAGUAAUCUAGAUUGUUCUAAAGUAAAACUGAUUCUUCAAAGUCUUGUCAAAAAGGCGAGUAUUGAGGAAUUGGAUUUUAAUCAUUGUAAAAUUGGUGAUUACGGUAUGAAAGCACUGGGUGGUUUUAUUUAUAUGCAUGAAAAUGUAAAAGUGGUGAGAAUAGCCAACAACAGAUUUAAAGAAGAAGGUAUCCAAGGAGUCGCUUAUGCUUUGCAGAUGAAACCAGCGGCUCCUAUCGAACUUUUAGACUUCAGCUUGAACCCGAUGUCUCUAGAAUGUGCGACUAUGUUCGCGGCAGCAUUUGUCAGGUGCAAGGAAAAACCGCAAACUUUGAUCGUUAACUCUUGUGGUUUUAGCGGAGCAUCCGCUGAAAAGAUGGCGGGUCUCCUCAGCUUGAAUCGUGGUCUCACUAGGUUGGAUAUAGCCGCCAAUGAUUUGUCAGGUGACGCCGAAGCAACUUUAAUUCGUGCUCUUGAAAGGAACAGGAAGAUCCUCAAAUUGGACCUACGAAGAACUAAAAUUUCAGAUGAAUCGCUAGCGAAGGUAGAGGAAAUUUUGAAACGCAACAAGAAUCUUCUGGGACAAGAGUUGGAGCCCAGUGACGAAAUACCUCCUCUGUACCUUAACGAACCAGAGUACCUUAUCUGGGAGUACAAUCCUAAUAAUCCAGAACACAUACCUGGAAGGUACCCGCCGAGAGUGCCAGAAGUAUAG